AUGGCCGCCGCACCCUGCACGCUCAACAUGGCCUCCGUCCUCCUCCUGCCGCUUCUCUUCUCCGUUCACUGGCCGGGCCGCAGCCACGCUUUCAGCCUCAUGAACUACCUCUGCAACAACGGCAGCUCCUACGCCCUUAACUCCACCUACCGCUCCAACGUCGUCGCGCUCCUCGGGUCCCUGUCCACCAACGCGUCCAGCUCCGCCGUAGGCUUCGCCACCGCCACGCUCGGCUACGCCCCAGACCAGACGUGGGGCCUCGCGCUCUGCCGCGGCGACGUCAACGGCAGCGGGUGCGCGUCCUGCCUCGCGCUCGCGCCGGACAUCGCCUUCGGCGACUGCAGGGGCGUCAGGGACGUGUCCAUCUACUACGACCGCUGCCUCCUCCGGUACUCGGACACGGACUUCCUGGCCAGCCCGGGCGAUGCAGCGGAGCUGGUGCAGUACGGCACCAACCUGCAGGUGAACGUCGCCGCCGACCCCGGUCGGUUCGUGGGGCUCGCGGCCGACCUCGUGGCGGCGCUGUCCGCCUGGGCGGCGCGGAACUCGACGGCGAGAUACGCCGCCGGGGUGGUGACCUCCGCCAAAGGGUUCACGACCACGGACAGCAACUUGGUGCACAACAUCUACGGGCUGGUGCAGUGCACGCCCAACCUGGCUCCCGAGGCGUGCCUGGCGUGCCUCGGCAGGCUCAAGGACGAGAUGCCGGCCGUGUUCAACGGCUCAACCGGCGGCCAGUUCAACGAGGUCUGGUGCAACCUGAGAUUCGAGGUGUUCCUCUUCUAUGACAGCAGCCCGGUAGUGAAGCUUGUUGCACCUCCGUUGACGCCGGCUCCGCCGGGUGCAGCAGUCCACGACGAUGCAAAGAGGACAAGGGGAACAGGAUAUGCAGCAACAGUAGUGGCCAUUGUUCUCGGGGUCCUAGUUGUCCUCCUCCUGUCCACGUUCAUGAUCUACCUCUGGAGAAAAGCACAAGUAAAACGAUAUGCGGAGGAAGCUGACGAUUCCGGGUCGCUCCUCUUUGACCUGGCAACACUGAGAAGGGCAACUGCAAAUUUUGCCGAAGAGAAUAAGCUUGGACAUGGAGGCUUUGGCGCGGUAUACAAGGGUUUCUUGCCUGAUGGACGACAAAUCGCCGUGAAGAGGCUGGACAAGGCUUCAGGGCAAGGCCUGAAAGAGCUGAGGAACGAACUGGUGCUGGUCGCCAAGCUUCGGCACAACAAUCUUGCAAAGCUUCUCGGCGUUUGCUUGAAGGGACAGGAGAAGCUGCUUGUCUACGAGUACAUGCUUAAUCGAAGCCUGGACACCUUCCUUUUUGUCCCUGAGAAGCGUCCAUUGUUAGACUGGGAGACAAGGUACCGCAUACUCUCUGGAACAGCACGAGGCCUGCUAUACCUCCACGAGGAUUCACAGAUCAGAAUCGUCCACCGCGACCUGAAGGCGAGCAACAUCCUGCUGGACGCCGACAUGAACCCGAAGAUCUCCGAUUUCGGGCUGGCAAAACUCUUCAGCGCCGACAAGACUACCACCAUCACGAGCAUAGUUGUCGGAACGCUAGGAUACAUGGCGCCAGAGUAUGCAGUUCUUGGGCAACUGUCGGUGAAGCUUGACGUUUACAGCCUCGGCGUCCUCAUCCUGGAGAUCGUCACUGGACGUAAGAACACCGACAUGUUCGAAUCAGCAGCAGGAGAAUCCAUCAUUCUGCUGAGCUACGUGUGGGAUCACUGGGUCAGAGGCACCGCGCUGGAGGCCGUGGACCCGUUCUUGGAUUGCCAGUCCCCGGAGACGGAGAGCGAGGUGAUGAAAUGCAUCCAUCUGGGGCUGCUCUGCGUGCAGGAGAACCCGGCAGACCGCCCGACCAUGCUCGACGUCCUCGUCAUGCUGCACGGCCAAUCGUCAGGCGGCUUUGCGGCACCGUCGAAGCCGGCCUUCGCCUUUGCGUACGGGGAGACGAUGAGCUCUGAUGAGCGGCGUAACGUGUCUUUGAACGGGAUGUCCGUGUCGGAGUUCCAGCCAAGAUAG